UACAUUUCCUAAAAUAGUAACCCUAAUUCAAUUCAAUUUUCCCAUUUCAUUUACUUUCUAGCCGCAUUUUAUAUAUGUAUAUGUCAAUUUUAGCCAAAAUUCAUUUCCAAUUUGACCUCAAAUUAAAAUCCCCAAUUUCUAUUUCAUUUGACUCCUCUCAAUUUUAAUCAUAGUCAUUUAUGUCAUCCGAUCAAUGGUUGAGAUUAAAUCCACCAUUAUCACACUUUUAAACAAAAUAACUCAAACUCUAAUUCUUUUCACAAAAAUAGCUGCACCUACCUCUCUUCUCCCUCUUCCUCUCUCUCUAUCAACGACGACAGAACCCCAGCGCCGCCAGCCAUCGACGGAAUCCCAGUGCCGCCAGCAGCUAUCUCCACCAACGCCGGCACCACCACCAGCCGGUGAAGCAGUCGUCCACCAGCCACCCGGCAGCCUCCGUUUAGGGGAGGUGAUGUUGUUGGUGACUUUAUUUGUUGAAAAUGCUUAAAUUUUGGUACUAUCGGACGGCCGCUGGCCUCUCCAGUUAUCUACUAUCAUCGAUACCCUCCUGCAGCAGUCACGCAGCUUCGCAUAGUAAUUCUACUGGAUCUAUUGGGUUGUUGGAUCUUCAGCUUGGAGGCGCUCCAUCUAGUGCUUUCGAUCUCCCAUGCCAGUGCAUCCACCAUCGCUUACUAGGCAGCUAGGAGACAGAGAUGAUUCUGGGAGGAUUUAUAUGGUUCCAAUUGCGAGAGCGUUUAAGCCGGAUGCUGGAGUUGAAAAAAAGGCGCGAAUAUGCAUUAUUCGGCACUUCAACGGCUACUAGACCAGCUGACAAAAGGUUCCAGAACUUGACAGGGAUAGAAUGUUUGAAGAAUUUAAGAAAUUUUACUGGUGGGAUGCUGCAAAUGAAUUUCUUAUAAAGAGGAACUUUUUCCAAAGAUGUAGAGGCAGAUUUAAAGAUUUAUUGGAUUUUGCUCGAAAGAAAUCGGUAAAACCUAAGUGGAUUUCUGAACCCUUAUGGCCACUGUAUCAGCGCCACUGGAAUAGCCCAGAAUAUCAAUUGUUGGGGGAAAAAGGAAAGAGAGUCGGGGUAUCAUCCAAGGGUGGCUCCUUACAUACUGCGGAUGCUAGAAGUACUCUUGCUGUGAUGGAAAAAUUGGAAAAAGAAAUGGGUAGGGAACUACCAACUGAUGAUGUUUUUGAGGUGACUCAUCUGAGAAAGAAAUUGAACCCGACUGAUGAAGAUGUCUGGGUUAAACCUCGUACAAAAGUUGUCCACGACGAAUUUAGGCAUUUUCUUGGUGAGUAUCGUAGUAGUCUGCCUCCUAAAAGUCAGGGUGACCCAAUACCCCAGCAUGUACGGAAUGAGUUAUGGACAAAAGCUUCGGGUCCUGCAAAUAGAGGUCAUUUCUACGGAUGCCACACUGAAUAUUUUGGCGAUAAUAUUAGGAGUUCGUCCGGCCCUGCAUACUCUAGCUCUUCAGUUGAUGCAGAAACCAUUGUAGGACUACAAAAUAUGGUUUCUCAACUCACUGAAGUGCUUGUUGAACAAAGAUAGAGGUAUGUUGAACAGAGUGUGAGGUAGAAGAAAACGGAAGAGGCAAUGACAUCACAAAUCAGCAUACUGCAGCAGCAGUUCAGUUCUUUCAUUCAGACUGGGGGGUUAUUCCUCCGUGUCCUGGUGAUGCAGUUUGGGCUGCAAAAGGUCUAGGCCCCCCGGAUGAUUUCAGCACGGAUGAUGAUAUGAAAGACGAGGACGAAUUCAAUGAUGAUGACUGUUAGUUUUGUGAUUGUUGUAUGUCUUGUACUUUAAAUUUAGACAUUUUGUUGUUUGAAACUAUUGUUGUAGUAUUUUCAUACUCACUUUUGUUGGAUAUUUUGUAUGUGUUGUACACUUUUGAAUUUUAUUUUUGUUGUUGUUGUA